GGGCGACGUAAGGCAGAUCUCUAUCGCUACAUCGCCUCUUCCCCAACUUCCCGUCGCACUCGUCCGCAUCAACCAUGAGGCUCUACUAUUCGUGCGCUUUGGCCGCACUGUUGUGGUCGUCACUGGGCACGGCUUCCGACGACAAGAAAUCCGAGAAGAAGCUCAAGCCUUGCACCAUCCGCUCGCCGAGUGAUCGCUUUUUCGACCUGAACCCUAUCAGUGUCCAGCCGGGCAAGGCGAAAGAUUCAAAGUCGCCAGCCGAGAGCUGGCAUGCCAAAGGCUAUGACUACCCCGCCAACUUCACGCUGAACUUCUGCGGCCCCGUCGUGGAAGAGUUGACGGAUGUCGAGGACGUGGACAAGGCGCACUGGGGAAACGUCAGUGCCUUCUACGUCAAGCACGGCAAGACGUAUUCCAUUGGGCAACAAAACUCCGAACCAAUAUUUCGGGGCCGCAAGCUUGUCCUCGAAUAUACUGGCGGCUCAUACUGCUCAUCCAGCGUCUCUUCCAGGGAACUUCCAGCCUACGACUCUUGGUCCACCAGGAAAGAGAAAGACGAUGACGACGACGACGACGAAGACGAUGAUGACGAUGAUUACCGGUCGAGGAAACCUGUCAAGGGUGACAAACGCCGGAAAUCAACUAUCGUCUCUCUUCUUUGUGAAACGGACUCUCUGGCUCCUCCCACUGAAGCGACCGUGGCCUUUGUAGCCGCAAGUCCAGAUGAAUGUACCUACUUCUUCGAGGCCAGAAGCAAAGCUGCCUGCGGAGGUAUUGAAAAAGAGACGCAAACACUUGGUCCCGGCGGAGUCUUCGGUGUCAUUGCAAUCAUUGCUGUGCUUGUCUACCUUGUCGGCGGUUGCGUGUAUCAACGCACUGUGAUGCAUCAGCGCGGAUGGCGCCAGCUUCCAAACUACUCCAUGUGGGCUGGAAUUGCCAGCUUUAUCGGCGACAUGUUUGUCAUUCUCACCUCGUCGUGUGCUCGUAUGAUACCCGGCCGCCGGGGCUACAACCAGGUUUCUUUGAACAAUGGAGGCCGAAGAGGACGGGAUUCUGAUGAUGAGAACCGCCUAAUCGAUGAGCUCGACGAGUCGUGGAAUGAUUAAAAUUCAAGUCAAAGGUGCAUUUGAAGGCGUUUGGUGUAUUGGCGCUUUGGUUAUUAUGGCACCUUGCGUGUCUUUAUAGAGAUUUGUCUUAGAGAUUGUGCGUAGGACAAAGCCGUGGCCGAAUUGAAGACUUUGAACUCUGC